AUGGCUUUGAAGACCUCACAACUUCCUCCUUUAGGCAAGUUGAAAUUCUCCCUUGUAGGGAGGACUUUUCUCUUUGUGAGAGAUGGCAAUCCAAAUAAGCGAAAUAUACACAAUGAGACAUCUAUGCACUUGCUUUGUAUGGGACCUCAAAUUAUGAUAUCUGAGGGAGCUCUUCAGCCUCGCCUGACACGACCUUUUGAAGAUGAUUUCAGAAGAGCAGAUUGUCUGCAGAUGAUACUGAAAUGGAAAGGAGCAAAGCUUGACCAAGGCGAAUAUGAAAGAGCAGCCAUUGAUGCUGUUGAUAACAAAAAAAAUACACCUUUGCACUAUGCUGCUGCCUCAGGAAUGAAGACCUGUGUAGAGCUUCUGGUAAAACAUGGUGGAGACCUGUUUGCUGAAAAUGAAAAUAAAGAUACCCCGUGUGACUGUGCAGAGAAGCAGCACCACAAAGAGUUGGCACUGAAUCUAGAGUCCCAGAUGGUGUUCUCACGAGAUCCUGAAGCGGAAAGCAUUGAAGCAGAAUAUGCCGCUUUAGACAAAAGAGAGCCAUAUGAAGGACUUCGACCACAGGACCUGCGAAGGCUCAAAGAUAUGCUGAUUGUUGAAUCUGCUGACAUGCUUCAAGCCCCUUUGUUUACUGCAGAAGCUUUGCUUCGAGCACAUGACUGGGACAGAGAGAAGUUACUUGAAGCUUGGAUGACUAAUCCAGAGAAUUGCUGCCAACGUUCAGGGGUUCAAAUGCCAACUCCUCCUCCAAGUGGAUAUAAUGCUUGGGACACACUUCCUUCACCAAGAACCCCUCGGACUACUCGCUCUUCUAUCACCUCCCCAGAUGAAAUUAGUCUCACACCAGGAGAUAUUGAAACAACUGUGUGUGAGAUCUGUAUGUGUAGUAUUUCGGUAUUUGAAGACCCAGUGGAUAUGUCUUGUGGACAUGAGUUUUGCAGAGCGUGUUGGGAAGCCUCUUUCAGAGAUUAUGUCAGCCAGGCUAAGGACUCAGGAGAAGACUCUGAGCUUGACCUUGAGCCUGGCCCUAGCUAUACCCUGAGAGCACCUGCAGAGACUGUGGCCCCAGAAAAUAACCAGGAGGCCAGACUCCAGGGCAUUUUGAAUUUUGGAACAAGUGAGAACAAACUUUGCUUUGAUUUAAUAGAGGAAAGGCUUUCAAAACCAGACAUGAAUUACUUGGAGCCUCACUUGCUUCAGUACUUGGAUACACAAGGCCUUAAAAGUAGAAGGCUUGGGAAAUGCAAUUAUGAUUUGUUUUUAACACAACCAAAUAUGUGUGUAGUCUCAACUUUUCCCUUCUUUCUUCUCUUCAAAGUUGUGGGAGUUAGUGAGGCUUACGAAGAUGCAGCCAACUGCUUAUGGUUACUCACAAACUCAAAACCAUGCGCCAAUUGUAAGUCUCCAAUUCAGAAGAAUGAAGGGUGUAACCAUAUGCAGUGUGCAAAGUGUAAAUAUGACUUCUGCUGGAUUUGCCUUGAAGAAUGGAAGAAGCAUAGUUCUUCCACUGGAGGUUAUUACAGAUGUACUCGCUAUGAAGUAAUUCAGCAUGUAGAGGAACAAUCUAAGGAAAUGACAGCAGAGGCUGAAAAGAAACACAAAAGAUUUCAAGAACUCGAUAGAUUUAUGCACUAUUAUACAAGGUUUAAGAACCAUGAGCUCAGCUAUCAAUUAGAACAACGCCUUCUCAAAACAGCCAAAGAAAAGAUGGAGCAACUUAGUAGAGCCCUCAGUGGACCUGAAGGAGGCUGCCCAGAUACAACAUUCAUUGAAGAUGCAGUUCAAGAACUUCUCAAAACCCGUCGCAUCCUGAAGUGUUCUUACCCAUAUGGAUUCUUUCUAGAACCAAAAAGCACAAAGAAGGAAAUAUUUGAACUUAUGCAGACAGACCUUGAAAUGGUAACUGAGGAUCUUGCUCAGAAAGUGAACAGGCCUUACCUUCGUACUCCUCGUCAUAAAAUUAUACGUGCAGCUUGCCUUGUACAGCAGAAAAGGCAAGAGUUCUUGGCCUCUGUUGCCCGAGGAGUUGCUCCAGCAGAUUCUCCAGAAGCUCCAAGGCGCAGCUUUGCUGGUGGAACAUGGGAUUGGGAAUACUUAGGAUUUGCAUCCCCUGAGGAAUAUGCUGAAUUUCAGUAUCGGAGGAGGCACAGACAACGUCGACGUGGAGAUAUGCACAGCCUGCUUAGUAACGCUCAAGACCCUGAGGACCCUAGUGAGAGCACACUAGAUACCCAAGAAGCUGGCAGUAGUAAUAGAAGGCAUGGUAAUUCCAUGGUGAGUUCAGCUUCCAUGAGUAUUCUUCACAGCUCUUCUCUUCAUGACUAUACUCCUGUUAGUCAUUCUGAAAACCAAGAUUCUUUGCAGGCUCUGAGUUCCUUGGAUGAAGAUGACCCAAACAUCCUGCUUGCUAUUCAGUUAUCAUUGCAAGAAUCUGGUUUGGUUAUUGAUGAGGAAACAAGAGACUUUCUGACUAAUGAAGCUUCAUUAGGAGCAAUUGGUACUUCUUUGCCUACAAGGUUAGACUCGGGUCCCAUAAAUAUAGAUAAUCCAAGAGCUGCUUUAAGUAGCUCUGAACUUUUAGAACUUGGGGAUAGUCUGAUGAAGCUAAGUGCAGACAGUGAUCCCUUUUCAGCUGACCAUCUUAGUUCUCACACCUUCAGUGAUGCAAGAAGUGGCUUGUACUCAACAUCUAGUGAAGCUGAUUCAAGUAGCCAAGACCCUAAUAUAAAUGAAAACCUCCUUGGAAAUAUAAUGGCCUGGUUCCAUGACAUGAAUCCUCAGAGUAUUGCACUCAUUCCUUCAGCAAGUACAGAAACAGAUGAUGAUUCACAGCAACCCAGUACUGAAGGGUCAGUGGAGCAACCACCUCUUCCAGAUGUAAGGCAGGACCCUCUGGAGGAGCAUGCGCUUUUUGAAGAUGCACUCAAAAAUGAAGGCAGGGGCACCCAAACAGAAGAAGGUGCUGUUGCUGGGGACAUUAUUACAGGAGAAGCUCUGCCACAAAGUGCGGACUCAGCUGGGGAGGCAACUGGCCAAGCUGAUGCUUCAGGAGAUGUUUCAAGUCAGACAUCUCAAACCUUGCCUGAGUGGAGUGAACAUAUGCAUUUGGUGUGAUCACAAGACGUCUGAAAAUAGAAUAAUGGUUAUGGAGCCAAAAUGGCUAGGGAGUUGCCAGCGGUACAUUAUGUGGGGUAAGUGUUCUGAAGUCUUUGGCCCAUGUAAGCAGAGCUUCAUUAUUUACCAGUGGUGUAGAGGUGAAAUAAGUAGGAAUUCCCUUGAAGUUCUUUCUGAUGGUUAUGUGAACCUUUCAGGGAAUUUCCAUUGCAUUUGACAGUAAGUGUCUUGCUUGCAUUGAAGAGAGAGGAAUAAUUUGUACUCCGCAUUCCUAAUACAAUGCAGCAUCUAUUUAGCCUUAGGCUGAUUAUCCUUAACUUGAAAGUAUGGAUUAAAGGCUUACUGAGACUAAUUUGGGUUAUUGAUCCUAAUAAACCAUUUUCUCCUCCCCCAUUUAUUUGAGUUGUAUUUUAAUAAAACAAAGUUCAGCAGUAUCUUUAAAUACCUUGCUUUUCCAUACCAUUUCCCUUGAAUGAGCAGUGUGAACUGCAGUAUAUAAUACUUCUUUCUACUGCUGCUUCACAACCAAGGAGUGGAUAGUUUUUUCUUUAAAAACCCAACUUUUUAAUGUCUAUUUACAGUAAGAUGUGCCAAACUGUGAAUAGCAAACCGAUGUCAACCAAAAACAGUAUGCAGUAUUGCUCUUAUAAAUCUAACCCAUAAUUCUUAAUGAUGGAAAUGUCACUUGAAAGAAUUAUUUUUUCCAAAUUUGAGUGGCAUUUAUUGCCAUGGUGACUGCAUUAGCAUAAGGUACAGGUUAAGUUAAUUAAGCCUAACUCCACUGUUAAAAACAGUUAUUUUAAACAGUUCAUUAGCGGCAACUAUGCUGCACAGAAAGAUACUUUAAUGGAAGUGCAAUCAUUGUCCUUUUCAUAAUUAACAAUACAUUCUAUGCACUAAUAGUGCAGUUAUUGGUAACAUUUUAUAAACUAAAUAUGUUUUGAAAUAUUUUUGAGUUAGAAGUCAGUCCCAUAAUAAAGGUUUCAUAAUACAUAUUACAUGCAACAUGUUAUUGUGCCUUUGCCUAACCCAAAUAGAUAGUUGCCACAGUUAAAUGAGUUAUAGUUAUCUGUUAUGGAGUUUACUAUGCUAGGAAUUGCAAAAACCUCCAUAAAAACCACUCAUGGCCUUGCCUUUCCAGUAAUUGCAUAGGGUACAAUCCUUCCCGAUUCAGGUGCAUUGCUUACACUUGGAAGGAACCCCAUAUGGCUCAGCUGAGUCUUAUCCCUCCUGCCCAACCACACCUCAGUGUGCCAGGGCAGUAUGCCUCCCGUAUUUCUAUCUAGCCCUCCUGCUCUUUUCAGUCAAAUUAUAGGAAAAACAGCUUGGUUGAAUAGUGCAGGAAGGAGAGGAAUUGGAAAAAUGCACACUUAAAGGGAGGGUGGAAACAGGGCUUUUAAAAGGAUUCCUUUGUGUACAGAUCCCUCUGUAUGCAGCUGCUGUGCCCACCUAGGGAAGUGUUGUAUCCUAAAUGUUCAAAGUUUUAUAUAAGGAACAAAACACGACUGUGUGUUUUUUCAGUUGCACAAUAUUUGUUUGGUGUAUGGUUGCUGUUUCAUGUAAAACAAAGAAGAACAAAAAUUCCCUAGUGGUUGUCCUACUGUAAUGAAAAUUCUUGUUGAAAUGGGCUUAAAAGCAUCAAACCUCAUUGUAAUUUACAGUGAUGAAGUUUGUAAUUUUUACUAGAAGAAAUUGUUUCAAUUACUGUUUUGCUCACAUAUAAUCAAAGCCUAGGAUAACACAAGCAAAAUAAGUGAAAUGCUCCAUUUUCAUGUUCAACUUGAUAUGAGAGAUCUGCUGAUGUCUGAAACAAAGGUUUCUCACUACUGAUUGUGUACAGUAAAGUAUUACAAUGGCAAAUAAGGUUGUAUGUAUAUUGAUUACUGUGAGUUACAAGAAAAAGUGUUAACUUUUUUUCAUUUAACAAUUACUAUUGGAAUUUUGCAGACCCUGUGGUUCAUAAUACUACAUAACUACAUAUUAAUUAUUUACUCCAAAAAUUCAGAUGCAAAUCUGUUUCUCCUGGAAGUUUCUCUAGAAAGAAUAGUCUGCUGUUCUAUACUGUAUUCUGUAUAUCCAUUACAUUUUCUAGCUUGGCUUCCAACUGCCCUAUUCUGAAAGUAUUGAUGCUAAAUUCUCCUUUUCCAGACUUGGGAUACUAUCUAUUUAAACAUUUGUCAGGUAUACAGACUUAGGUAUAAGACCUAAAAUAGGUCUUUAAAAUUUUGUCCUCAUUAAUUGGUCUUACACAUCAAUUUGAAAUGCACAUACAACUUCCUUAAGUUUUAAUUUCCAAAUAUGAUUUUGUGUAGUGCAUUAAAAUGUCUUGCAAAGUUAAGAGAAGAUUUGUAUGAGUGCUCUCUGUGAUGAUAGUGAAGUCUGUGGGUUCUGGUUUUUCUGUAACUUGGUUUAGAUUGUGCAGUAUAUUUCAUUGUUUCUGUGUUAACUUUAUUCUGAGCAUGAAAUUUAGCAUAUUAAAUUUGUAUUUUCUUGGUACAUAUUUAAAAUUUAAGACCACCCCAGUCAUUGAAUUUACAGUUCACAAAGGAAGUUUGGCAAGCCUAUUUUGUAAACCAGUUAAUUUUAUAAUGUAAAAAAAAAAUACUCUAAUCUUGAAAAUGCUAUUUGCACUUUCAUAGUCUAUACUUGAUACAUUCCCACUUUAUAUACAAUAGAAUAUUACAACCAUGUAGAUGUUUGGCCAAAUGAAUGCUGUUAAUAAUAUGUAAAAUUCUUUGAUUAAACAUUUAUUACUUAAACUAA